CUUCGGUAUGCCUGAAGUAGCAGAAGUAGCUCAUUUUUGUGCUUUGCUAAAGAGAAAUAUAAUUAAUUAUACAAUAACAAAAGCAGAUUUGGUUCAUGAUAAGCUAUUGUUUCCAUUUUUAAAAGAAGCGGACUCCGACUUGGAAUAUGAAAAAUUUCGUACCGGAUUAAUUGGAUCAUCGAUACAUUCGGUAUCAAGAUAUGGGAAGUUUUUCUGGUUAAGAUUGAAGAAACAUGAUUGCAAAGAGACCAACGUUUUAUUAAUUCAUCUUGGAAUGACUGGCAUGGUUAAGUUGAAAAAUAUCAAAUCGCAUUUGACAUUUAUGGAAAAUGGGGGUGAUCGGAAGAUCUUAGAGAAAUUGAAAAAGGAACAUGAUCCAAAAGAAGAAAGUAAGUUGAAGAAAGAAGCUAUAAAGGAAGAGUUGGAUGCUGGGCCAGAGUCUCAAAAUUUUGGCGACUGGCCACCAAAAUUUUGCAAGUUUGAGCUAACUUUCGAAAAAGAUGGUAAUACAAUUGACUUUGCAUUUGUAGAUCCCAGAAGAUUUGCUAGGAUCAGAUACUUACCGGGUGACUUAGUUCCAACGGAUAACGAUUUACUAAACCACCCGCAACUAACAUCUUUCAGAGGUGAUUAUUCAAAACCAAUAACCCCACCAGAACCGAAAAAACACUUUGUUUUUGGUGAUCCAGAUCCGGAUAAUCAUGGUCAUCCAAUACCGUCACUACAAGAGUUUAAUAAGUUGAUUUUAAGCAAGAAAAAAUCAAUCAAAGCGUUGCUACUUGAACAAAAGUAUUUUGCCGGAGUGGGUAAUUGGAUAAGCGAUGAGAUUUUAUACCAGGCAAGAAUUCACCCAGAAGAUGUAUUACUGACUAAAUUCCAAUUAAGUAAUGACAUUCAUGAAGUUAUUGAAAAGUUGUAUAACACAAUCAUUUAUGUCUGCAAGAAAAGUGUUGAGGUCGAAGGUGACGUUACCCAGUAUCCUGAAGACUGGUUGAUGUUAUACAGAUGGGGAAAGGGUCGUAAAACUGAAGCAACUAUAAAAAGUGGCCACAAGGUCAAAUUUAUCACUGCCGGUGGUAGAACUUGUUGUUUUGUCCCAGAAUUACAAAAACCAUUACCAUCAAUAAAUAAAAGGUCAAAUAAUGGCAAUGGCAAAACUGAUAAACGCCAGAAGAAAUAGUUAUUUCCGUUUAUGAAACGAAUAGUAAUAGACAAUCAAGUGUAUGAUAUCAAUUCUUUAAGAAAGUUUGAAGAAUUGAAAAGUAUGCCUAAUUUACACAGACACAAAUUUAAGUAUUUUUCGUAAUUUUUC